CGCCUGCACAACAGCGGCCGCUGUUGGUUUUGGACACAUGUUUGGGGUAUCGUACCUGUCUUGGCUCAAGCCAUAUUGUCUCCAGGCGCACACGUGUGCACCCCGAGGACGCACGCAUCUCUCACCGUAUCUCCGUGGUACAGUCGACUUGCAGAUGGCACAUUUCCUUUUGAUCGCUAGCCUCGUCGGGGUCCGCGGCGCGUCUGGUCUGGCCUCAGCAGGCAACCUCCAGCUGAUGCUGCAAGCCAGGCAGAAUUCGCACCGACAGCUAUUGACGAGGAGGCAGCGUGCCCAGGGUGGUGCGAGUUCGACGAGGUGCGCCGACACGAGGGGCGACUGGAGGGACGACGCUGGUAAAAGCUGCAGUGAGUACGCGGCACUGGACGGUUACAGCGACGCAGGCCAAAGCAUUCACUGCAGUACGUUCGGAAACGAGAAUUCAGGGAACGAGGCUCUGGGGAGGAGGCGAAGGACCUGAGGGCGCGCCCACUCCGUGCCUCAGGGCACGGUGACGGAUCAAGCAAAAAUAUGGCGAUGCUCUCAGUUGGGGUGACCUCAUCAGUUUUGCUGGUACCGUUGCUAUCCGGGACAUGGGAGGCCCAACAAAUCCGCACUGUUUUGGACGAGUCGAUGAUGCAGAUGGUAACACGAGUGACAUUUUUGGCGUCACAGAUAGCUGGCAAGAUACGGACUGCGUUGUGCAAGGAAAUUGCCAGGAGCCAAUGGGUGCGGUGAAGGUUGGUUUGAUCUAUGUGAACCCUGAGGGGCCUUUGAACGACCCGAACGAUCUGAACAGUGGGCAAAACCCAGAUCCAGAGAAGAGUGCCGUCGAGAUUCGGGAGGUGUUCGGCCGCAUGGGGAUGAACGAUUCUGAGACAGCUUCGCUGAUAGCAGGUGGUCAUGCUUUCGGCAAGUGUCAUGGCGCCGGCGUUAUGACGAGUGGCUUCGAGGGGCCGUGGACGACAGCUCCUUCUCAAUGGACCAACCAAUUCUUGACUGGAAUGCUUGAUGAGGAGUGGGAGCAAGUCGCAACUCCAUCUGGGUCGGCGGUGCAGUGGCAGACGAAGGACAGGACCAGCAUCUUGGCUGGAACCAUGCGUCUGACAGCAGACUUGGCUCUUGUGAACGAUGAUGCGUACCUGGCGUUAGCGAAACAUUGGGUGUGUGACCAGCAGAAACUUGACAUAGCGUUUGCCGCGUCUUGGAAGAGGCUCGUGGAGUCUGGCGGUGGAUGGUUGCCCGUGGAAGACAGGAGGUGCGAGCCUGAGUCCAAGGCGACGGGGCAGCAAACAGACGCCCAAAAGAAUUUCCAUUCGGUGUGCGCCACGACGACCACUGAUGAGUCACAAGAAGCCAGCACUGCCACUAAAUUCUGUUUGUCGUUUUUGGCGGUGGCUUUAACCCCGUUCAGCCUUGGCGUGCAUGCCUCCAAUAUUGUGUUUGGCUGAGAAGAGCCCAUAAUUGUCCCUUCUGCUUUCCCCGCCGAUUAGGUCGUCUCGGAUGCAUCACGGCUUAUUCGGUUGAGAAGAACCGGAGUUGUGGGACCGCUGACUUAGCAGGCGAUUCUUGAAAUUGGCGCCCGUGUCGUUUUCACACA